CAACUUCGGCGGCAAUUUGAAGAACGGGACAUUUUAGGACUGAAUUCUGUGGAAAAACUCAAACUCUAUCCGAAAAAAAUGGAGAAAAAGUGUUAUGUUUUACCAAAUAUACAUAUGAUCGUGGUCAUUCGCAAUCAUUUGAACGAUAACAUCUACAAUGACAUUACUAAUUGUGAUGGUAAUAAUAUCUUUCCUCCCGUCUGCGGCAUGUAUAGACAUUACAGUUCGUUUAAAAGAAGAAAAUAGUCCCAAAAGCUAUGUGGGGGACAUCACUGCUAACUCCCAAAAAUGGCUCCUGGACAAAGAAGAUCUCAGUCAGAUUACAUUUAAUCAACUCCAACAAAAGGAGACAAAAUUAUUCAAUGUCACCCUGUCCGGGAAACUGUACACCGUUAGGACAGUGGAUGCUGAGUCACUAUGUAGAUAUAAUACAGAAUGUUAUAAAACCGUGAAAGUUGCUGUUCACAAAGGAAAAAACUUCUUGAAAAUCUUAAAAAUUAAAGUAAUUAUAGAAGACAUCAAUGACCACCAACCUGAGUUUCCAGACAAAGAAAUAACUUUGCACUUUGGAGAAGGAGAUGGUAAAGGGAUGAAAAAAUCCAUUCCAAAUGCCAUUGACAAAGAUGUUGGAGUUUUAAAUAGUGUAAUUAAUUAUCAUUUAAAGAACAAUGAGGAAAUGUUUUCUUUGUUAGUUUCUAAAAGAGCUGAUGGAAUAUCUCGACUAGAGAUUGUCCUAGAAAGUAAAUUAAAUAGAGAAGUGAAAGACAUGUACAGUGUACAAGUUGAGGCUGAAGAUGGAGGUUCCCCUUCUAAAAAGAGUGUAUUAGAUGUGAAAAUAUUAGUAGAAGAUGAAAAUGAUAACUUACCAGUAUUCUCUCAGAAUAUUUAUAAUGUUACUAUAAAAAGUUAUUUUCAAAAUGAUAUACCUGUUGUCACUUUGUCAGCUACAGAUUCCGAUAUUGGCAAUAAUGGGAAAAUAAAUUAUUAUUUUAGUCCAAAAACGUCAGAUCUUGAUAGCAAAUAUUUUAGACUCGUUAAGAAAACUGGUGAGAUAUUCUUGAUUGAUAAAAUUGAUGCUAUCAUUGACAAUGAAGUUUAUACAUUGUACGUUGAAGCCAGAGAUGGUGGCAACCCUCCUCUCAGUUCCAUAGCCACUGUUAUGGUAAAUGUCAUCAACCAGCAGAACAAUCCUCCAAAUAUUGAUGUGAACUUUAUUUCUACACAGAAUCACAACACAGCUACCAUUCUGGAAGAUAUCAAAGUUGGUAGUUUCAUUGCUUAUGUGAUGGUCACUGACAAUGAUGUUGGACACAAUGGACAGGUGAACUGUCAUAUCAAAGACGACACAUUCAAACUACAGUCAAUGGGAUCAAAGGAAUAUAAAAUAGUUCUAAAGAAAGCAGUAGACAGAGAGACACAGGAACAUUAUCACUUUACUGUGUCG